GGCGGGGAGCUGGGGCCCGCGUCCCGCCAUCGGGCCGGGCCGGGCCGGGUCGGGUCGGGUCGCCCAGCGCCCUCCGGCUUCCCGGGAAGUCGCUCCGGGACUAGAGGAGCGCGGUCCGCCCCCGGCGCGGGGGGACGGGGUGCCACCAGCCUCCCCGUGCGGCCUGCCUGUGGCCCCGGUCCUGGGCUGCUGGCGGUGUAGGCCUUGGCACCAUGGAUCCCUUUCUGGCCCUGCUGCACCACUUCUCCACCAGGCUGUCGAGCAGGGAGCUUGAUUCCCUCAAGUUUCUCUGCGGGGGGAAGAUUGGGAAAAGGAAGCUGGAGUCGGUGGAGAGUGGCGGGGAUCUCUUCAGCAUCCUCCUCGAGCAGCAGCUGAUCACAAGCACCGACGUGUCGUUUCUUCAGGGUUUGCUUGUCAGCAUCGAAAGGGAAGAUCUGGUCUCUCAGCUAAAGCAGUUCGUGGAGGAAGGGGAAGUUACUACACCUGAGGACGAACCUGAUGUGCACGAAAAACGUCUUCAGAAGGCAGCUAUUGAAGUCAUACAUGAAAACGUUGGGAGAGACUGGAAAAUGCUGAUGCGAAAACUUGGCCUUUCUGAAGUGAAACUGGACAGGAUAGUGGCAGCCCAUCCCUUCAGCUUGCAGGAGCAGGUGGUUCAGGCGCUUCGAGAGUGGCAGAAGUGGAAGGGAAAAGAUGCAAAGGUGACUGACUUAAUAAAAGCUCUUCGGGACUGUCAUAUGAAUUUGGUGGCAGACAGAGUUGAACAGAAGCUCUUGCCGCUGAACAAUGGAACCAGGUGAAAGCAAUAUAAAAACACUUCCAUAUCCCACGGAUGUGGAUGAAAAAAGUAAAAGUGCCUUUUGCUCUUCUGAACCAAAAUCGGUCUCAUUGGUACUGUUUCUCUGCCAUUAAUUUAGGUGCCUUAAUCGGUUGAUUUGUGGUCAGAUGAAGGUUAACAGAAAAACAAAUUCCUUUCAGGUAAUGCUUUGUAGUUUGAUGCUUUCUUUAAGAAGUUUUAACUUUUAGGAGGCUAAAACUCCGUUUUGUAGAAAUUCACGCUGUUGUUCUACCACCCACCUGAAAACAAGGAUUUGCUUUACUGCAGGUACUUUUCAGAUACAUCUUCUCUGGAAGUACAUCCAUGGGACACUUCUGAGGCAACUGCAAUUUAAUAUGUCAUAGGGAGGUUGGAUUUUAUGUUUUUUUAUGUGGUCUAGUGUAACCGUAGUGUGAAAGGCAGAAGGAGUAGACCUCUUAGCUGUGUGCUGGAUUUUGUUCUUGAGUAGCAUAAGAUAGUAUCUUCCAUAAUUUGUCAGAUACAUUUGCUCUCUAUAAAAGGAUACUAAGACAACUAACCUCAGGUCUCAAAGACCGCAGUGCAAGAGUGCCAGUAACUAUUGCGGUGUUUUUUUCUUGGCAGAAAAUGUGCCCAGGUUGAAAAUGAACUAGUUGAAAUCAAAUGUCUGUGUUAGGUGCGUUCAUCUUCCCAAAGGAGGUAUUCUCCUGCAAGUAUCACAGAAAUUGUGUGUGUCUGUCACAUGUUUACUGCAGCCUCUUCCUAUUGCCAUGAAUGUUUUAAGAUUCUUUACUAGGAAUCUAGUAACAAAAGCGUGUACUGUAACAAAAACCUGGAAACCAUUGGUUUCUUUUUAGUGGAGGGGUGUGAAAGCCUACUGAGAGCGAAUACAUAGUACAUACUUUAGUGAUAUCCUGUGAAGACCAGCAGUCUUUCACCACAAUUUGUUCUCUUCAAAGGUCACUCCAGAUCCAAUAGCUCUUCCAAGUCCUUUGCAAUUGUUUAGUUCAUUCCUGUUCCUUGACGUUUUGUGAAAGUGGUUGUAAGCAACUCGCAGAGGAAAGGAUUUAUGAAUGAGGCCAGAUUCAGUUUUCAGUUUUAAUUUGGAACAGACUUUAAAAAAUGGUCUUCAGGCCUAACCUAAGGCUGAAGCACAAGCUUCAAGACAUGCAGGGCUGUAGAGGCCUCUGGGAAUUAUCCCCUAUGUGAGGGGGGAAAAGUCUUCUGAAACUAAUACUGCUUGAAUGAACAGGAUUGUUUGUCACUGCAAACAUCCUUUAACUACAUAAAUAGAUACUUGAAGAGGAGAGGCUUCUUUUUUGAUACUGUACCUGUUUCAUGUUUGGCUGCUUUCAAGUUCUUUUUACAUAGUGCCAUGACUGUGAAGGCUAUGUGUCAGCAUAUAGUGUACCACUACCCUGCAUAAAUGUUCUGGCUGAUAAUUUUCAAGUUUUCAUUGCUGUUGGUGCCUCUAGACGAUGUCACAUUAUUUGUAUGUAAUGGAAAUGGCUGUAACUUUUCCUUCAGGUUUUUCCUUAAAUGAUUCCCACAAGUAUUUUUCUAAUCAUAGUACAUUAAAUAUCAGUGAUUGUAUCCAAGCAAAGGAGCAGUGGGUAAUGCAGAAGUUCUCACUUGUUUGCCUUUUUGGGCAGGUACAGUUCUCUAAGUACUUGCUCCAGUACUUCUCAGUAUCAACUGUCAGUUCCAGGCUUCCAGUAGGAGACACGCUGCUGCAUUUCAGCUAAAUGACUAGCCCACAUGUUUCGGAGGUUUUUGUUUAAUAGAUAUGGUCGUCAUUCUAUGAGUAAAGAAAAUGAUUGCUUCAGACAUCCUUCAUGCCUGUAAGCAAUCUUUGCGAGCAGCGUGGAGCAAAGUGCAGUUAGCAAGAUGAGUUAUGCUUAUGGUGAAGCAGUUCUGCAACAGUUCCAAGUUCAAUCUGUCCAGUAACAUGUUUUUCUUAUCCACUUGUAAUAAGUCUUCUGGUUCACAGAAUAUAGGCUUAUCUGGAAUAUGAAAAUAAAUAUACUGCCUACUGCAUAUAACUGGGAUACGUUAAGAACCAGUAGGAAUAACCUGUUAGUUGUAGCCAAGUGCUCAUCAACUACAAGAAAUAUUCUGCCUCAGAAGAUAAAAAGCCUCCUGUUUUUUUAAGGAUUUUUAUAUAGUGGAUGUUUUACUGCGUAUGAAAGCAACGACCUAGACUGCAGCAAUCUGUGCAGUACUUCAGGGCCAAUAAAACUUUUUAUUAGAGAUUAAAAAGUUUAUUAUUUAAGAAUAAUCAAAGGGAACGAAAUGGAGCAAAGGGAACAAAACCUUUCUGUUGGGAGGAGGGGUAAGGGAAAAGGGUGCAAUUUGUAAGGAAAUAUGUGAUGAUCCAGUUAGAAAGCUUUUCUUUUCAAAUGAAGUAUUUUGGAUUCAAAUAUACAUCUUUUUAUAACUUGCAUUCUUGUUUUAUAUUGUAAAAUUUUGUGCACAUUUCAUUAAAAAUGCUUCCUUAAAAACAAAAGAAAUGGAGCUGGUUUUUUUUAUAUAUAUAAUUGGUUUGCUGUCUAUGAUGAGAUCUCUAAUUGGGAGAAGAUAAAUGUUAAGUGUACUUUUAAAGCAAGGAGUGGUGCUGAACAGGCAUUAAUGUUACCAAUAUCUUUGGAAGAUUGAGGGGGGUGGGUGGGAAAGGCAAAAAGCUUUGUCAUUUAAUUUCUCAGAAGUGCUAAAAAGGCUAUAGUUUUCCUAUCAGGAGUAGCAUUUGAAUGCUGUCGCUCAGGGAAGCUUAAGAAAAAAACACAUUCUCUGGCAGCCCUCGGGAGCCCAAAAUUGAGUCGCAGUGCAGCAUGCGCAUGGGAGACGGGCCUUCUGUUUCCUUUUUUUAUCUCUGCUAAUCAUGCUGUGUGUUGAAGCCUUCAGAGCAGGCUCUUGUGCUGUGUGAAGCUACACAGAGAAAAAAUUGGACCGUUGUCAUCAGAGAUGUAAAAAACAUGCAACUAGGAUUUUACGUGGUAGGCAUUUUAUUUACAGGCAGCAGCUGUAGGCACCGAAGAAAUUAUUUAACAGCAUAGUUUGGAAAUGAUAUACCUGACCAAAGUAAAAGGAAGAAUCUUUCCUUCUCGUUCUGCAUGCACUUUUAUGGUGCCCCUGAAUGGUUAUGGCAGAAGAUUGGUGAGUCCCUGCCAUUUCAGGCUUUGGCUUCACAGGUAAAAAGUACGAAGAACGAGUUAGCGCCAAGUUCCUCGAUGGCUUUUGUGGCAAGGGCAAUGGUUCACUAGACUGAAACUGCCAAAUUGAUCUCACCUUGGCUAGACUUAAUAUUUCACAUUCAUGUAUGAGGAAAUGUUAAUGAUUCCUGGAAGUUUUAGGCAUCUUUAUUCAAAAUUGUUUAAGGGUCAAAGGGAAGUUAAAAGUUUAUUUGGAUUUCUGAGAAGAUCUGACCUGUAUUUGGAGUACUGACUGAUUGUGCGUAGCAUGAAAGGAAAAGUGACCAAUAUUCCUGUAGCUCUUUGUGUGAAAGCUUAAAUGUAUUGUGGCAGCUUAACUUAUAGACCUAAGCUAGAACUUGUUUGUGAGUCAAUAUUGAUGUUGACACUUUUAAAUGUGAAUUACAAUGCAAACAGAUGGUAUGGUCAAAGAGUCUUUCAUAUGAACUGUGUUCAGGAGAGCAAGGAAUUUAGUUUUGAAAUAAAUCAUUGGCUGUGCUUGUUACAGCACAGAUGAACAAUGUCAGGUCUGCUGUUUUCUCUGUUGUGAAUUAUUCCCCUUUAUCUUACAUGUGGCUUUCAGCCAUCUUCUAAUUUUAUUUUUUUUUUGUUGUUAUUCUGACUUGGUUUAAGGAUUAACUUAAAACAAUGACAAGGCUUUUUCAGCUUUUGUCUACCUUCCUAGAAAUAAUGGUUUCUUAACCAAAAGCAGGGAGAGGACAACCUUUCAUACCUUUUUCUCUUGGUUGUUUUUUUUUCCCCUCGCAAGCUACAUGCCAUGUAACCUUACUUUCAGCAGCUAGAUUGUAAAUGGAUUUUUAUGUAAUAACUGCCAGGAUUAAUUAAUUGUAAUUUGACAAAAGCUACGUGAAGACCUCCAUACAAAGGAACAAGGCAUUCAGGCAAAUGGAAAAAGGCAAAAAGAAAACUUGAGUGACUAAGAGUAUUAUCUGGCACAACACAGGGGCAAAUCUUUUGUUGGAGGCUAAGAUGAGUCAAAAGACUACAUGUGAAGACCUCAACGGCAGCUGAGGACAUGCUGGAUCAAACCUCAGGUGAAGAUAAUGACACUCCUGUAAGAUACUUGAACUCAGAAGAGUGACCCAUAGGGAUCAGUCAAGAAGCACAACCUGCAUAUGUGAAUUUUGACUCCAACUAGAGGAGGCAGUAUGAACUGUGGUUGGUGUUCAUGCUCAUAAAUGGGGGUGGGUGGUGGGAGUCUGUUUUACACUGUUUUCCCUGCUGUCCCUGCUGCCAUCUCUGCAGUGGCCACUCUGCCGUGCACUUCUGUACACAGCACUGUAGUGUGGGUACCACUCUACGCACAAAACCAAGCCUCAUCUGGGGCCUUGGCACUUGUGUCUUUGGGACAGACAGAAAGCCAUGUUAUGCCAAUAUCAAACAGGAAGUUAAUAUAAUUACUUCCAGCAGCAUUAGCUUCAGUUUACAAUGUAAGUACUACUAAGUAGUAGCUAUCUGGAGCUGUGUAUGUCUUGCUCUGUUCUUAACAACAGAUUUUUUUUAAAAUUUUUUUUCUAGAAGGGGAUGGAGAAAUUGCCCACUUCAGUUGAGCUUCAGUUGUAUAAUUGAGAAAUUGCUAUUGAAGUCAGGAGAAUUAGGUAUUGACUCUGGAAGACGUAAGUAUUGUACGUGAUCAUUAAUAACAUAGAUGGAGAAGAUUUUACUGAAGUACGCUGCCUUUGUAGUUGAGAGAAUUAUUGGUAUUUAGGGUCUCUGACUAUGUGUAUGGAGUGCACUUGAUCCCCAAAACUUAUAAUUCCAAGGGCUGCAGAAGGCAUUCCUCAGUUUUUCCAUCCUUUGCGUGCUCCCUGACAGUAAGUUUUACGGAGGAGAUUCCUGUAAAUUUGGCCAGGGUAGUAACAGGCUUACUGGUGCCAAGCCAAGAAGAGACAACACAGUGCUAGGUUAACAGUUAGACUCAGUGAUCUUAAAGGUCUUUCUAACCUAUGUGAUUCUAUGAUUGUGUUUUGAUUAAUUGUUAAAAAAGAUGCUUCAAUAAGGUUGUAGGUACCCUUAACACAUACAUCUUGAUACCAGGGUAUCUUAGCAGCAGUAAAAUCAUAAUUUCAGACAAGAACCUGAAAACUGCCUUUCUUUAAGGGAAAUGUGAAUCCAGCAGUAGGAAUAACCUGUGCAAGCAGGGUGGCGCAGAGGCAGCUGCCGCUUCUGUUGACAUUAGGGAUGCUGCUGGCAUCCUGCCUUCUCCGUGAGGCACUGUGGGUUCCCCUCCCCACUGCAUGUUUCACCCAGGUCAUGUGCUGCAUGCUCUGGGUUUAUGGAUUUGCAGGGUAUUUUGCUCAAAGUCAUGGUGUUUCUUCAUAAGUGAAGGAUGAGACCUCUUGCAGCUCUCUUGGCUUUUAUGUUGACAGGCAUACACUAUCUUUCAUGCAGUUGUUAGUUAAACAUCAGAGUAGUGUACACUUUAUGGCUGAAGGGUAAGGACAGACCAAUACAGAAGCAAUCAGGGAGGGAAUUUACUUCAAAAGAUACUAUAAUAAUUUUGCAAAAGAGGAGAAGCACCAUUUAACUAUAUUUCCAUUAUUUGUCUUAAUAUUUGUUUCAAGCUGACUUGAGCACUGUUCCCAAAGGUCUUGUUUUUUUCCUCUGGCAAAAGUAGAGCUGCUCUUUCUAAAGUAUUGUCUGUUUCCCCUGAAGGUUCCCUUAUGACUCUGAUUGCUUUUAAAUGUCACUGUGCUGCUUAAGGCUACUAGUAGGUGGUCUGAGCUGAAUGUUUACUGUUACAUGGCUUAUACCUAUACUUAUUUUCCAUGUCAGAUCUUGACCUAGUAACCUUCCUCUUCUCAAAAUGCCGAAGGUGAAAUUUAGUUUUAAAUGACUCGGUUGCCUAGGCAGAAGUGCUGUUAAUUAGAACAGGAAAUUAAUAUUGGGAGAUAAACUUUCUUUAGUAGCAGUUUAAUACACCAUAUCUAUUGGCAGACAAUUUCAUCUGAGCCUUAGGAUCACCUUGAAACUGGGGAUGUUUUUGGCAAAAUACAUUGCUGCCAUUGCAAGUUUCCAUAGCUUUUAGAAUUUUUAUCUGUUGCAGUUUUCUUUAUGACUUCAUUUUGAGGCUGUGGUAUUUUUUAGUCACCAUCUCAGCCAAUUAAUCUUAGCAAAUUAAUAUUUUUAGUAAAUACUGUGAAGACAACGGGGAGCUCUAAAAUGGUGAAAAUGAACAUUUACAUAAACUAGUGAUUCACUGAAAGCAUUAUUUACAUUUUCAUUUGCCUAUAAGCUGAAGCUUGUUGCACAGAAAAAUCAUUCUGCAUUGUUCACACACAUACGAUUUGGGACUAAUACCUUACCAACAUUAUUAUCUUCACGUACACAAGUUAGUAGUUCAAUUCAGCAUGCAUCUGAAUAAUGAAGAUAGUGAUUGCUGCACACAAUUUCAUACAGGCAAUGUGAAUGUAAUGAAAGGUAUGUUAUCGUUUGAAGUCUAGUCAGUUAAGGAUUAAAAAUAGUGUUAAGUGCUAUUUGAGAUCUCUUUAUUUUUUAAAUGCUUUAUCUACUUUACCAUAGUAUGAAGGACUAAUGAUAGAGGAUCUUGAGUACAUAGAAAUCAUGGUCCACUUAGCUUAGUGCCUACUCCAAAGCCACUUGAAACAGUAGGAGCCUUUGCAUAGCAGGCAGAGUGAAAAAACCCUGUUUUUUUCCUCCAAACUGAUCUACAGAACAGAAGUGUUACUUCACAUGUAAAUCCUUUUUAUUCUAAUCAGACUAUUUAUAAAGCUCAUUGCAUAUAUUAUCAAAAUAAUACAAUCCUUCAAUUUUAUUUUUCUCUUUUAACAGUUCUCAUAACAUUCCAAAAGCUGAAGUCUCAAUUUUGAAAUGAUCCACACAGAAACCUACUUGUGUUCUCUCGAGGUCUUGUGAAGUAAACAGGUGAAAGCUCAAUGUCAACAGAGCUCACUGUGGGAUCAGUGCAUGCGUAUACAAGGUGUUUUGGAAUGAAAAUAACACAAUUAUUUUUUCUUCCUAAUUUUUCACAUAUUGUGAGAGAUUGCCAUGGUUCUAAAGGUGUUGGCUCUCGUCUUGCAAAUACAUAACUUAAUUCCAAACCAGUUAAAAUUAACAAGACAGACAAAACUUAGGUUGCUAAAUCUAAAGCAAUGAAGCCAAUAACAGCAUUGUUUAUUUCUAUGGACAUGCACAUUCUUUUUAGUUGCUUUCCUACAAACAAGGUGUGCUGUUUCUCACACGUAUCCAGCAUCCCAGCCCAGAUUCAUCUCACACUGGUUUGGACAUCUAACUACAGCUCCCACGGCAGGAGUCCAGUGUCCAUAGGCUCCUUCUGUAGUCAAUGAGGAGAGAUAAGCAUCUUGAGUGGGUGAUUCAUGGACCACACCAAAGAUCUGAAUCACUCCCAUGGAGUGGCUCUCUCACUUCACUGAUUACAGAGGCGACCAAGGGUAAAUGGGUUCAUGAUGUAGGUGGUCAGCCAGGUGGAAUGUAUCCAGACCUGUUCUAGUUAGUCAGGAUCUGCAUUGUCACAGCUGGUUCUGAAUUCUUGACUCCAGAGAGCUGCUUCUUCCAAUACUAUUCACAGCUACCUCACGUGGUAUGGGGCCUUUCCUAAAACUAUGCUUUUUUAAAAAAAAAGAGUAGCUAAAUAAUGCACAACCCUAUUGCCCUGAACUUGUAACUGAAUGUACGUUUAGGUAGAUAUUGUCAUUAUAGUUCCAAAAGACCUGUUUUAAGAUGUGCUGGAAUUGGUAUGCUCAUGUAGUGUACACUAUGUUUGCAUUAGAUACUAGGGGUAUAUUUCACUCCAGAUUGAAAUAAAUUAUGCUUUGCUUUAGAAAUUCUUUCUAGCUCAAGGGGAUUUCUGCCACUGUAAAUCCAUACAAGAAAGACAACAGCUGCAAUAAUUCUGAACUGCAAAUUGCACAACUGAAGCUGAAACUAAGCAGAAAACCUUUUCAAGUUCACUGGGUUUGUGCUUGAAUGGGCAUAUGUGCCUUUGGUUGCAGGAAUAGCAGCUAAAUUUAGAAUAUAUUUAUGCUCUUGACAUAGGUAUGAUUCCCAUUAAAAUAAAUUGUGUAAGUUAGAGUUUUCUGCAUGUCUCCAGUUUCUUGUGUGUUUUGUGGAGACUUUUGUUCUGAUCAGGUGCACUAAGUCCAACUCAAAACCCACUGAAAUUUUGGAGAAGCCAAUUUUGAUUUGAUUUACACUCACCUAAAUCUGACACAGAUCUAUGUAGACCCAUAUUAUACAAAUAAAAUGUCGAUGUAAAGAAGAACUGUGUCAAGGCAUAGUUUCUAGAAGUUAUGGCUUUUGUUGCCGAAGGGCUGACACAUUUACUAGUAGUGCACUUAUCUUUAUACAUGGGCAUAACCAUUAAUUACCUCUGUCCUCUUCUCUAUAGGCCACCUUCCAGCUUCUUCCCCUCUCGUUCCUUCUCCCUCAGGCAAAGCGUCUCUUCUGUCUAGCAACCUCUGGAGACAUUUGUUACGGUAACAGAAUAGUCCAGGUCAGGUCUGCCUACCGACAGAAGAAUAAUCAGUGCUGUUGGCAAAAAUCGUGUUCUUUCAUCUAUUCAUUUUGGUAUGAAACGCCUGAAAUGUGUUCAAAAUGCAUUUUGCUGAUAAGUCAUUAAGUCAUCUCUAAAGGACAGGGAGUAAAUAAGGUACCAUUGGCUCGACUCAGAAGGAAAAAAAAAAAAGCGUAGGCAAUCUUGGACUAUUUUCAGCAGAGGUUUUGUGCUAGUGUAGGGUGGCUUUGAGGCUCACAAAGGAAAUUUCAGUACAAAUGAACCAUAAAGCACUCUGUGGGCAGUGAAAGCAGCAAAUGCAACCCUGCGCUGCUGUGAAGCGAACGGAGGAGCGCUUUGCUUUUUUUGCCUUCUGGUGAGCAGCUCUUCCUCACGGUGAGCGGGUGGCAGCAGGUGUUUGUCCUCAGAGCUGCACUGCCAGCAGGGAAGGCAGUUCAGCACGGCUGCACCCUGACACCUCGCUGUGCAAAACUUGCUGGCAGGAAGAGGCUGCUGUUUUGCUGAGCUUGGAUAAACAUUAGGAUCUAAUUUAUCAUGUGACGGGAAAGGAAAGCUUUUUUUUUUUUUUUCCCCCCUGUUUUUAACAGCUUUUGUUUGAAUUUCAUCCUAUGGUUUUGAGGUGCAAAGAGUGGAGAGUUAUUUAACCUGGGUCUUUGAACUUAUUACUUUGCUGUCAGCUGAUGUAGAGUAUGGCUCUCUCUGGACAUGUCUACAAGCAUUACAUCUCACUAAAUGACACAGACAGGGAGCCAGACCUCUUGCUGAACUUACAGAAGAGACAUCAUACUCAUUUCAUUUAAAAGAUCUGAGCUGCUAGUGCUCUUCAGGUUGUAUGGUAUAUCUUGAGUUACAUGCCCGGGAGGAAUUAAAAAGGAAACCCUUUUCCUUGUACUCCAAAGUAAAUAGGAAUGCUGAGAAAUAUUUGGAUAUUUGCAGAGCCUGGGAGUUCUCCCGACUUUAUUAUUUCAUGUGUAUUAUGUGCAACACAGAGCAUUAUGCAAAAAUCUGAUUAUUCAGCUGUGUUUUGUGACAUUUGAAGUCCUGACCCUAUGCUGAUUUGCUCUGGGCUAUGGUGGACUGCACACAGGGAUAGCAAUAUGGCUUCAAAAUCAGGCCUUUCAGAUAUUUCUGAGGCGCCUCAGAAAUUCUGCUGUAUUCACAGUCUGGGCUUUUGAGUAUAGUGUUUACAAAGCGAGGUGCCUAAUGAAGGUAUUUGCAGUACAUCAUGUGGGAGGCAUAUUCCUUAACUACGAUAUUCUGGAUUCAAGUUCCCUCCUGGACUAAGACAUCCUUUUGAGCAUGAAUAAAUACCUAGCUCUUUAUACCUGAGGAGUCAGUGCCUCCCUUUUAUACAGCAGACAUUUAUAUGCCAUGGGAACUCUGUUCCCACCUGAGGCUGAAACCCAUUUCUCAAGAAAGUGCCUAACCAUUUCCAUCUCUCCUCUGAAACUUGUGUAGAAAGUGAUACGUGAUUUGAAGGUGACAAAGAUAAAGGUGACAAAUCCUUGAGGCUGAGGGAGGGUCUGCAGCUAAAACCUCCUGCCUCUUUGAUGGGAAGUCCAACUGCAGAUGUGAGGAGCUGAGAAAUCUGAAUGCGAGAGUGUCUCUGCCUUGUUAACAAACUGGUUGAAGUGAAGAUUCAUAUAUGGAGUUCAUUCAUACUUAUUCUUCAAUUCAGAAUUGCAUGGUUAUUUUGAAGACGCUGCCUUGACAGCUCCUUAGACUGAAGUUGUCUUCAUCCGCAGAAUGGUACAGCAAAAGUAAUCAAGAUGAAAGUCUUACUUUACUAGACUGGCAUCAAUUUGACUUCUUUACACUCCUAAAUAUUGCACUACAGAAGAACAAAAGAAUUCUCUGAAAUCCUAGUCUGAGAGAAUCAGACAAAAUCAGCUCCUGUGGUGUAUAAGGAAUAGAGUCAUCAACGAAUUGCAUGCAAGUUAUGGGAGACAAUUUUGUUCAUGUAGAUAAAGACAAAAAGAAUUUGGAGCAAUGAAACAGAAGCAUCUAUCUGAAGAAACAUGCUUAGAAAUAAAGAGCCGAUUGCAUUCAAGGUAAUCUUCAGGGCCUAGUUUUAAGUGUUAACUGCCUUUGGCCCCAGAAACACGUUGCUGUGCUUCAUAAGCAUAGCCCAGAUUUUGCUGAUUGGUAUAUAUUAAUUUGAAUUAUGUGACAGAAACCCUCAGUGUGGGUUAAACGCUCAGUAGCAGGUUGAAGGAGAGGGCUAGGUGAAUGAUGCCUUCCUUCAUCCCCUCCCAUGAUCAUCUGAAGUAGUUAAAGUUAAAAUCGAAGCUUCUAAGUUUCUAAAUAUAUCAGUAUAAAUCAAAGCUUCUAAGUAAUAGCAUUGAGCUAUACUUGAGACUAUUGACAACACAGGUUAAUUCAUAACAUUGGGAGGUUUCCUCAGGAAGAGCACAAUUGAUUUUGGAUUGGUUUUGCUACUCUUUCUACCCUGAAAAGUCAGACCUCAGUAUUUAUACAAUCACACUUCAAUGGUGUAUUACUCAGCAUUAAAUCUGUGCUAACCAGUA